GAUGGUGACGGAGGGAGGUUUCACGUAAAACAACAAAUCGUGAAACACUCGAGUUUGUGAAUUUCCCUCUCCGAUCAGGGGUCCAGAAGAGGCGCUUAGAAGUAAUCCUUUACGGGUCUCCUCUCCGAUCUGUCCGCGUGUCUGGGAAGAGUUUAAGCUUGUUUUUUUUGUUCAAAUGACGGCGCAGGUAGAUUACCUGGCGGUGGUUUUCACUGCUACAUCUGGCACCAGCGGUGAAUGGCUCGGAUCUGAUGAGAAGGAGAUUGUACAGCUUGUAUGGCAACUUGUGGAUGUCCAGAACAAAAAGUUGGGCAAGGUGAAUGAGCUACGCAUUAAGCCUGACCUCUCAGACUCAGAGGAAAAAGAGGAGGAUGAGGUGGAGGAGAGCACCACAGAGCAGCACAACUCUGGAGCAGACUGUGUUUCUACUGCAGAAAAUUUAGAAACCGGUCUAAAUCUGUUUCAUCUCCAACUAACGAAUGAGGUGAACAGCGCGGGCACAGGCACGUCAAUGUGUUUGUGUGCGGACGGGCAACUCCACAUCCGUCAAGUGAUUCACCCUGAGGCAGCGAGCAAGAACAUCCUGGUACCUGACUGUUUCUACUCCUUCUUCGACAUCCGUAAAGAGUUUAAGAAAGAUUUUCCUGCCUCGGAUCUCAAGGCUUUGAACGUGUACAGUAUGGCAGAAUCUCUUGGUAUACCCAUUGAGGCCCCUACAUUGGACCCUGAAUCCAUUUUGCCCCCUGAAGUAGCAGUCCAACAGGUCCAGACGAUGGCCAGUAUUGUUCUCGCUCUGCUUUCUGAGCCAUUUUGUCACCUAUUUUCAAAUCCAGAAAAGGUUAAUGAUAAGUUUGAAUCUGGCACUUGUAGUAAAAUGGAGAAAGUUUCUGACAACACAGUUAUCCGUGCUCGAGGGUUGCCAUGGCAGUCAUCUGAUCAGGACAUCGCUAGGUUUUUUAGAGGCCUUAACAUUGCCAAGGGAGGGGCUGCCUUGUGUCUGAAUGCUCAGGGCAGAAGAAAUGGAGAAGCUCUUGUUCGUUUUGUGAGUGAAGAACACAGAGAUUUGGCACUACAGAGACACAAGCAUCACAUGGGCAACAGAUACAUAGAGGUUUACAAAGCAACUGGAGAUGACUUCUUGAAGAUUGCGGGAGGGACUUCCAGCGAAGUAGCCAUGUUUCUGUCCCGGGACGAUCAGAUCAUCGUGAGGAUGCGAGGGCUUCCAUUCACCGCCACCCACGACCAGGUGCUGUCCUUCUUCUCGCCGGAGGACGGGCUCAAAGAUACGUGUCCUGUGAGUGGAGGGAAGGACGGUAUCCUGUUUGUCCGGUAUCCUGAUGGACGCCCAACUGGUGAUGCCUUUGUUCUGUUUGCCUGUGAGGAGCAUGCUCAAAAUGCCCUCAAGAAACACAAGGAGAUCCUGGGGAGGAGAUACAUUGAGCUAUUCAAGAGCACAGCAGCAGAAGUCCAACAGGUGCUGAACCGGUACUCAUCAGCUCCUUUGAUCCCAGUGGCCCCGGCCCCACUGGUGUCAGUGCUGCCUCCAAUGCCUCUCCUACCCCCUCCUGGCACCCUCAGAGACUGUCUGCGGCUGAGAGGUUUGCCCUACACGGCGAGUAUCGAUGACAUACUCACUUUUCUGGGCGAGUUCAUACAUGACAUCAGGCCUCAUGGCGUCCACAUGGUUUUGAACCAGCAGGGCCGUCCGUCGGGCGACUGUUUCAUCCAGAUGACAUCCCCCGAGCGGGCGUUGAUGGCAUCUCAGCGGCUGCACAAGCAUGUAAUGACGAGCCAGCGCUGUCAGAACAGUCGAUACGUGGAGGUGUUUCCAUGCAGCGCAGAGGAGAUGGGGCUGGUGUUGAUGGGCGGCUCGCUCUCUCACACACACACACGCACACAGAGGAGUGGGACAGGGCUCAGCCCGCCGCCAUGUAAGUCCAGACGUUUGUCUCCACCGUCAUACUCGUUCACAGCAGCUCCUCAGGUCAUCACAGCAGAGGCAGCGGCCGCUCUUUACCCUCCUUUUGGUCAAGUGCUCCUGGCCCCUCGUCCCCUGCCCCCUGGACACGCUUACUAUCCUGCCUCUGCUCAGCUCUACAUGAACUACUCUGCCUACUACCCCAGUCCACCUGGCUCACCCACCACCAUUGGCUUCUUCCCCUCCCCCUCGGCCCUGACCUCUCCAGGGGGGCUAAUGCGCAUGCCAGGUCUGCCCUACCCCACUAAUGGUGUCAAAGACAUUAUUAAUGCAGUACAGGGAUACCAGUAUGCUGCAGAGGAUGCUCUGGUGCACGCGCCUGUGCACGCUCAGGACCCGUCCAGGACACUUCUUACGCAGCCCAAAGAAUGGAGCCCAGGAGAAGUCUCUGUUCUGAGCAGCAGUCUGAUUGGACAGUCCAAUGGAGGAGAUGCCCCCAUGAUUCCUCUUUCCCUGGUGAACAAGCCUGCGGGGCAGUUUUUGGACCUAUCCCUGCUGUAGGGACGCACUACGCACACACAUAAAGGUCAUGUGACAGUCCAGUUUGUCAAAGACUAUUUAUGUAUUUUAGUUUUUUUUAAAUAGUCCAUAGAGAUUUAUUUAUAUGUUAAAAUUAUAAUUGUAUUUUAUACCAAAUCACUAUGGCCUUAGCCAAAUAGCAAUUGUCUUUUAUUGCACAGUGUAUUUUAAAAGCUUUAUAGAUUUUUUUUUUUUUUUUUUACUAUGUUAUGACAUUGUGAUGAUUAUUGCUGAAACUAGAGAAGAAUAAUCUUGUAGCAACUGAGCUAACCAUUUUCAGUGAACCAAAGUGUAAGUGUGAGCGAGUCUGUGACAUGAACGAAUAUGCAUGAGUGCGUAGUUAGACAUUUUUAUAUGUUAAUGACAUAGAUGUACGUGUUAUAUACAGAUUUUAUACAUAACAUGUGAUUGUAUUAAAAGCUUUAGUGCAUGAAGUUUAGUUAACCUCUUAAGAUGUUUACAGAAUGCCAAACGCAAUGCACUGCUAAUCAAAAAAAAUACUGAUGAACUAUUUUAGCAGUAUCCUUCCUAUGUUACACUGUGAGCUUCUCCUAGCAUCAGGUUUGACCUUUCACAUUCAUUUUACCCAGUCACCUGAACCUAUGCAGCCAAAAUGAUUGUCCGUUAUCAGGGCUUGAUGUCAAACUUUUUGCUCACUGGCCACUUCUAUGCAAACAAUACCAGACAAUUAGUUUUAGUUUUCAUUAGCCAAAACUAUCAUACAUUAUUUGGGUAAGUAAUUGAUAAAUAAAGUCAUGAUUAUUUUAAACCCUAUGUGCUGUCUAAAGUUAACCUGUUCAGGAAGGACCUUUUAUAAUGUUUUUUUGUAAUAUUUUGUGAUUCGUGUUGCACUGUAAAUGUUGGCUUUGUUCCAGAUUUUGUUUGGCAGAACAUGUGCACAUAUUCAGAAGUAAAUAAUAAUUAUGAUCUCAACCAUAGUUUUAUUAAUUCCAAAGCCAAUUCAUUUAUAAUUCAAUUGUGUUUUGUUUAUGUUACAUGAGGACAGCCUGUCUUUAAUCCUCUUUACAUUACCAUUACUGAUCAUAAUUAAUUACUUAAAAAAAAACAUAUUACUAUGUUAUGUUACCCAAUUCAGGAAUGUGCAAAAUAUCAAACGCAAUCUUACUCUUUAGUGGCUAAUGAGAUGGAAAAGUGUGUUGCUAGUAAAAAUGGAACAUCAAGCCCUGUCCAUGUGUUGUGUAUUGCCAAUGUUGUUUUGUCUCUUAUUUUUGGGCUAAACCAAAACAGAGGACAACCCCAAUUCUUGUAACCUAACCUCAAAAGUUACAUUCUUAAAGUCGUCUCAUGUUAUCAGACACCUGCAAAAAGCCAGCGGUGGUUUCACAAACUCAAGACAAGACAACAAAGCUUUGUUCUUUUUCCCUUUCCUCCUUUGCAUCAUCUACUUUCACCUCAGGAAAAAGAGUGAUGGAGAAAGAGAGAGAGGGGUGGACCGGAGAUGGGAGGAUGAGAAAGGACAGAAAACUGCUUACAUGAAUGUACGAAAGACAUGAUCUGUUUCUUCAAGUUGUUUUAGACCAAAAUCCACCUGCUCAGGAUGUCCUGUUGAAACAAUAAAUGUGAGAUGUCAACUUUA